CCAAGAUCGAAGCAUCAAAACCACUAUCUCAUUUACAUUUUGUUUCCUAUAUUAUAUCAACAUUUGCAUCAUCAUCAUCAUGAAAUCAGUGUCGCUCAUAGUCAUUCUUCUCACCUCAUCCUCUCUUUCACCUCAAACCGUAACAUCAUUCUCCUUAUUUCCGUUUCCGUUUCCCCUUCCCAUUCCAUUUUCACUUCCAUUUUCGCUCCCUUCUAUAUUUGGUGGAAUAAUCGGUAGAGAUAAUCACAGCGAGCUAGCUAGGAGGUGCUUCCCUGACCUAGGAGACGGAGAGGCCUGCAUGGCUGAGAUAUUCGGGUCAUUCUUCAACCGUCAGAUAACUAUAGGGCCAGAAUGUUGCAAGGCCAUUGUUGAGAUCGAUGAAGACUGUACACAAGCCGUUUUUAAACAGUUCAGCGAUUCUUUAUUUACUAGUUCCGUCAAGCAGUUUUGCUCUUACAUCAAUAGCUGAUGCAAACUUUGUUUAGGAUAAUUUUUUGGACUUUUUGGUCUAUAAAAGGUUAAAUUUAGACUUAUA